CUUAUCUGUAGUUCUGUUGGUUACAAAUAUGGUAGAAAAAAAUCAGCAAAAUAAAAAUAUAUAUACAGGCUGAAGUGUGUAGAGAAGCAGGAAUGAUUGCUAAAUAAUAAUAGAAAACAGGCUUCUUGGGUGUUUAGACAAAGUUACUUUGUACUGCUAUACGGCAUGGAUGACAGAAUAUUUAUUUAUUUAUUUAGUCUAAAGCAAAGAGUACCAAUUAAUUCGUACUGAGAAUCUGGUUUGUGUGAAGGGGAGCAUCUUACUGGAAGCGUGAUAUCAACACCCCCAUAAACACCGCCCACCUGGGUAACUGAAAGCAGCACAGAACACUGGAGGAUGUGGUCAGUCAGUCUGCGUUAGCUUCAACUGCGCCCAGUCUACUUAAGUUCUUAAUUUAGCCUGAAUUCAACAAAUAGCUCGCCCAAUUGAUAGUAAAUGGCAUGUUAUGAACAACGGAGAGGCGUGUUUAUCAAACAGAACGGUUUUAGUCGUUGUUUUGCGCUCGGAAUAAGUGACUAAAGCUGCUGCUGUUUUGGCCUGCUACGCGGAUAUCCUAGCUAACACUAGCAGCAGCCUCAAUUGGCUCCUGGAGCUUCACCGACUCUCACCCGAAAAUAGAAAGAGAAAUGGCACACCUUGCUAGCCAACUCAGGUGGACGUCUCUGUCGUUUUAAGGGAAAGUUGUGUGGUUCUUCAGUAAUGAGACUCUCCUCUCAGCUAUAAGCGUCUUAUGAAAUGGAGCUUUACUGGUAUAUAGUUGUUAUAAUAUUCAUCAUCAUAAAGAUCUUCUUCUAUGUGUGCUGGUACCGGUCAAGACAAAGGCAGCUGGCAGCAUAUUUGAGCAACACCCGCAAUGCACAAAUAGUCAUCGUCGGAGGAAGGGCUUACCUUCAUCAGAUGUGUGAGAGACAGAAUCAAGCAUCUGUGUGGCCCAGUUGGUAUGGCGUUCAAGAGGACUUUUCAGUUGAGGAACCGUCCUCAACAAUGCCCCCGACUGCAUCCUUCUCCCACCUGGAAAUGCCCCCACCAUACGAGGUGGUCUCUGGAGAGGAUGACCUGAAGCCGCCUCCAUACAGCGAAUGCGCUCAAAACGAUGAGUCCGACUCCCCUCAUCUCUCCCACAACACUCCUCUCAUUUCCCAGGGUGGAAACUCGGUUCGCAUCAGCGAAGCUCCUCCCCCCUACACACUGACUCCUCCUCCAGUAGCCGGCCCCCAGGGCAGUCCUGUAAGCCAGAGCGAGCCUCUGCCAGAAGGCAGGGCCACUUAAACAGCCGCUCAUUCAAGUUUGCCUUUCUCCCACCCCAUGCACUGCCUUCCUACAUUCAACCUCAGUGAUCGUUGCCUGCCUUACUCUCACCGUGAGAGCAAAUGUUUAUUUGGGUGGGUGUGUGCCUGUGUAUGUGUGUGUGUGCCUUCGUUGGUUUUGAAACCAAUUUGCUUUUCUACUUGUAUUAAAAAUUGGUCAUCUGAUGAGUUUGGCAAUAACAGAUAAUUGCAGCAAGCCUUCGUGCCUCGAUCAGGACCGCAGAACCUGUUUCCCAGCAAGGAUCAACAACAGAAAGAGGGACUUUUAAUCCGUGUUCACUUUUAUAUGUUUUCCUCUUGCUGUUUGUCUGUAAUGUCCCACAGAGCUUAAUUAACUUCUUUAUUCUUUCAGCGUUAGUUCUUGUUCCUGAUUUUAAAUUUUUAAACUUUGUUCUGUAGUUAUCACAAUUAUUCAGCACCUGUUUGAUAUUAGAAUUCUUGUUUUCGACAAUCUAAAACAUCUUGAGCCACCAGGUGUACAUAUGCAUAAGAAAUAAUCAGAUGUCUGCUUGGUGUAUCAUUACUUCACUUGAGGUAUCUAUAAAUGCACUAAAUCAUUUACAUAAUUAAGUUGUGGCUUAUACUGAGAUGCUAGUUUACCUAACUGAAUGGGAUUGAGCACAGAAGGGGAGCAAUGUGAUGAAACAUUUAAUGUCAGUAGAUAUAUUCUUCCAAUUAUAGUCAUCACUACUGAACAUUUUUUCUGCUUCUUUAUUCCCAAAGAUAAACAGAAGUAUAAAAGUUCUUAUGAAAUGAAAUUAACCUAUGUAAAAUCGCUAUGCCUGCAGUCAUCCACUAAACUUCUCUUAUUUUUUGCCUUAAAAAUGUUCUCUCAAAAUAAUGAGAAGGGACUAAACAAAAAACCAUCUGUUGCUUGUAAUUUUUCUGGCAACCAACCACGUGUAGGUGGAUGUUAUACAAGUUUUGUAUUUUCUUGUAAAUUGUUUUUUUUUGGAAAAGCGUUUAGUGUUCCUUUUAGAAGACUAUCACAAAGCUAAAAUAGUAAUAUGAUCCCGGAAAAUAAAGUUCAGAAAUUUGUUCAACAGUGUAUUUUGUGACCAAGCAGUGACUCUUCGUAGUAGCACAAAGCAAGAAAUUCCACCCAAGCUAGCUCCUAAUUGUAGCCUUUGGUGAGCAUGAGACACGGUUGGUGAAAGACACAACACUGUGAAGUUUUUCUUCUAGGUUUUCUUUACAUUGCAUGUGUUGCACUCUGGCACUAACAGACACAUGAAAAUUGGAGGUGCACAAAACCUGUGAAAAUACAAAUCGCUUUCUUUUUUUUUCUUUUUUUUUUUUACGUUUAAAUAAAAUAUCCGGAUCACCUGGCCAUGGAGAACCACAGAAGGCGUUCCCUUAUUCAUUGAAAAAUCUUGGCAGGAGGCUGGAAACAGGCUGAAAUAGAGGCUGAUUAUUUUGGCAAACCCAAAAGCAUCCAAAAACAGAAUAAAAGUUGUGGUUAAAUUUUUUAUUUUUUUUUUUUACUUUCUUUCUCAGACCAAUGUAUACCUAAUUUAAAGCUUACCCCCUUUUUAACUGUAAAAUUUUCCACCAGAGAUUAAAUGGGCUUCAUAUCUUAGCUAAUGGCUUCCUGUAAUGACAUCAACACAAUGUUUUGACUAUCGAGCUAAAUACACAUUCCCCAUUCCUGCACUGGUUGGCCAUCUUAUCACUGCUUACCCUUAGAUUUUACCAUAAAAAGAAAGAGCGAAUGGAUGCUGUACAUCUGUAUUUAAAUUUUUGGGACAUGUAUGAAAUAGGGUUGUUUUUUUUGUUGUUUUUUUAAUCUAUGCUAUGUUGCAAUGGCUAGUCAUUACAUUACAAUUAUAAAUGUGCUUGUCCCUUAUGCCUUUUACUGGAUACAUUUAUUUGGUUUUUCAGUCUGAUGGAUGCAAAAGCAAAGGUACAGAUGAAUGCAUGUUUGAACCUGCUUGAUAUCACUAACCUGUCAGCAGCAGCAUGAUAAACAGUCCUAACCAUUCUGCUACAAUCAAUUCUGUCCUGUUAUAUACUGUAUAUCCUGUUAGUUCACUUCAUGUUCAUUCCCUAUGGUGGUUGUUAAAUCUAUUAUUUCAACGAGUUAUUUGUAGGUGUGACAGUUAAGGGGAAAAUAUUUUUUGUGCAUUGAAUUGGGAAAUAAAUCUUCUGUAUAAAAAAACUGUCCUUUUAUGUUGCAUAUUGUUGAAGUUUAAAGCAUCAUUAUUAUUUUGUUUUUUUUUAAUCUGUUGCAAUCAAAAGAAAAAAGCAAAUUUAGCAGCAUACUGAUAACCCAAAACAAGACAGACUGCAGCUAUUUAAGCCUCUGUGUAAUCAAAUAAAUCAAAGUUUAAAUGAA